AUGGUGUGCAAUAGACAGAUACAACAGUUACAGAAAGACAUACUCCAUCCUAGCACCAAGCCAUUUUGUGUAGAGUUUCUUUAUUUAAGCUCAUUAUGUGUUAAAAUGCGCUGCACAAAUUUGAAGAACUUUGUUAGUGCUUCAUGGACUGUAAAUGCCAUGCCAUCUCAGGUGAUGUCCACAAAUCAUCCAACAUCUGGGAUACCAGCUAUGGUACCAGAAUUUGGCAGGAACAAAAUGCUUCAAGGAAUGAAGCAGUACAUUUGCAGCACAUGUGGUAAACAGUACUCUAUAAAAGGCUCACUACAGCGACAUGUUAGAUAUGAAUGUGGUGUAGAACCUCAGUUUUGUUGUCCAUAUUGCUCUAAAAGAAGUCAUCGAAAAAGCAAUCUUAGCCAGCACAUUAGACGUAAUCACUUCAGUGUGUCAUUAUGUGACAGUAUUUAG